AGGAAACGGCCCCCCGGAUGGAAGCGGCCGCCCCGGGCGAGGGUUGCCGGCCGCGGCUGCUGCUGCCGCCAGUGGGAGAGGCGGUGGCGGAGGGAGAGCCCCUCCUCGUGGCUGAGCUCAAGCCGAGACGCCCCCAACAGCACGACUGGAAAUCCAGCUGCGAGACCUGGAGUGUGGCCUUCUCCGCCGACGGGACCUGGUUUGCCUGGUCACAGGGUCACUGCGUCGUCAGGCUGCUCCCAUGGCCUUUACAGAGGACCGAGCACAACAGCAAAGCUUUGGAACCCACGAACCAGUCUGCAAAAACCAAGGCCAAAGGUUAUGGUAGGACCAAGGAGAAGACCUUGGAAUGUGGACAGAUUGUCUGGGGUCUGGCUUUUAGUUCGUGGCUGCCGUCCCAGUCACAUAAGUAUCGCCACCGGAAGGAAGCGUUUCCUUGCUUGAUCCUGGCCACAGGAUUACAUGAUGGGCAGAUUAAAGUCUGGGAAGUAGAAACAGGGAACAUGCUUUUUCACCUUGCGGGGCACCAAGACGUGGUGAGGGAUUUGAGCUUUGCACCCGGCAACCCUUGUUCCAUUCUCGUCUCUGCAUCCCGGGACAAAACGCUUCGAGUCUGGGACCUCAGUCAAAAUGGGAAGCAAUUGAAAGUGCUUUCUGGACAUUUGCAGUGGGUUUAUGGUUGCUCCAUUUCUCCUGACGGUCAGAUGCUCUGCUCCGUGGCUGGAGAGAAAGCGGCUCUGCUCUGGAGUAUGAAAUCCUAUUGCCUGCUGCGGAAACUGGAGGGACACCAGGGUUGCAUCGCGUCCUGUGACUUUUCUCCAGACUCUGCUCUUCUUGCCACGGCUUCCUACGACACCUGCGUGAUCCUCUGGGAUCCCUGUACAGGGGAAAAGCUAAGAUCCCUUUGGCAUGUUCCUUUGCAACCUGCAGUGGACCAAGGUGGGAACUUCCACACCAGCUCCCUGAGGUCUGUGUGCUUCUCACCUGAAGGCCUCUACCUUGCCACAGUGGCAGAUGACAGGCUCCUUCGGAUCUGGGCGUUAGAGCUUGAGAGUCCUGUUGCUUUUGCUCCGGUGAAGAACGGUCUCUGCUGCACUUAUUUUCCACAUGGUGGGAUCAUCGCAACGGGGACCAGGGAUGGCCACGCCCAGUUCUGGACCGCCCCUCAAGCUCUGUCUUCUCUGAAGCACUUAUGUCGGAAAGUUCUCCGCGGCUGCUUUACUAGCUACCAAGUCCAGGCGCUGAGCCUUCCCAAAAAGAUGAAGGAAUUCCUCACCUACAGGACUCUAUGACGUUGGCCGGAAGGAGGUGCUGUUGCUGUGAUCCAACCAUUGCUCGCGCUGGCCUUGUGUUUGCACAAGACAAAACUCUCUGGGGUGUCAAGCAAGGAGGCAACGUCAUUUCCUAGCUGAGAAAAUGACGAAGGAUGCUGUGGGCAAAUUCCCUUUUUUUCCCCUGAAGUGGAAGAAAUCUUAAAAGAGUUGUUGGCAUACUAAAGUUUGCCAGAUACCCUCCCGGGCUCAGAGUUACUGGCAAUGGUGAGAUUCAAAUAAUUUAACAACCGGUUCUCUGCUCUAAUGAUUUCUUCCAACAACCAGUUCACCAAACUGCUCAGCAAGUUAACAACCAGUUCUCCCAAACCGGUGCGAACCGGCUGAAUCCCACCACUGGUUACUGCGAUGCGGGUUUUGACAGCCACAGCUGCCUCUUGGGACAUUUAAAAAAAACAAACCACCACCACCUCAGGACACAGAAGGAAACAAUGAUAGAGUGUCAUUAUUUAGCCAGCCAACGGCAACUUUUGGGGGGUGCUUUUGAUUCCUGUUUGUCCACUGUCUAGGAAAAAAAAUCAGCUUUGGAUCUUCUCUAUGAAUGCAAACAUAGAAAUCUUUCCUGCAUCAACAGGCCACUGGAUGAAAACUUUUCAACUUAUGCUAUUUACGGGGAGAUGGAAAUCAAAGCUCUGGUGUUUUAUUUUGUUGGCUUGAACGGAGAAACACUUUUGUCAAUAAAAUAAGCAAGAGGUUUAUGUCAAGAUUAACGAUCUCAAAACAGAUUGGGGUCGUCCCCACCGAAGAUCAGAGAGCAAAAUGGCCAACGAUGGACAAACGAGAGACCAAACAGAAGUGUGGUGAUAUCUUGGAGGAUCUAGGAAUUCCCCAAAUGUGGGAAACACGCAAAUUUUUGCACCAUGAAACCGUUGAAUAAGUGACCGGCUUGUUAAAUUGGGGACAGGAUACAAAGAACUUUUAGAUGGAAAUCGAGAGAAUUUGUUCUGCCCAUCUGAUGUAAAUUAUCCUGAAGGGAUCCUGAUGGAGAUCUGAAUUAUCUGUCAGAUGGUGGGAGAAAGGAUCACGUCUUGCUUAUUGCAAGGAAAUUCUUAACUCUAAAUGUAGGAAUUUCCUUCUAAUAAAAGCUGUCAGGCAAUGGACUAGCCAAAAUAAAAGCUGUUCCCAGUCACUUGAUCUCUUUAAACAGAAUUCAGCAGCAGUUGGACUAAGCAACCUCUAAAGUCCCAUCCAACUACACAAUCGUAUGAUACUUUCAUAACAAUGAAUUUAUUUUAAACAAGAUUGGUAGCGGGGGUCAGAGUCAAGAAUGGUAUUCAGCUGGUUCUGACCGGUUCUUGCGAACCGUAGGGAAAAUUUGGACUGGCCCUACCCACCCAUUGCCGCCCCCCCCGCCCCCCCCUU